ACCCUGCAUUUACUAUAUCUGGUCUCCACCCUGCAAUCACUAUAUUGGUCUCCCCGACCCUGCAUUCACUAUAUGGUCUCCCCAGACCCUGCAUUCACUAUAUCUGGUCUCCCUGGACCCCGCAUUCCCUAUAUCUGGUCUCCCAGGACCUAUAUCUGGUCUCCCCGGACCCCGCAUUCCCUAUAUAUCUGGUCUCCCACAGACCCUGCAUUUACUAUAUCUGGUCUCCACAGACCCUCAUUUACGAUAUCUGGUCUCCCCGCAUUACCCUCCACAGACCCUGCAUUU